GGCCCAAAUCCUACAUCACUGUCGUGCGCACGUGCUCGUACCUAACCUCAAAAGAACCCGAUGCAAUAUUCACCGAUUCACGAGAACGUCGGGAACGCGCCGAGAACGUAACGGGGAAGUCGAGAAAGACCAUUUCACGCAAAUAUUGAUUAACUAUGGCGAUGCAAGUCCCGACUGACGUGGAUGCCGAUCAGAUUAAGUCUUUUCGGGACUUUUUAGCCUCGUAUAAUAAGCUCUCUGAGAUUUGCUUUAUCGACUGCGUAAGCGACUUCACGACGCGAGAGAUCAAAGGCAAGGAGGAGAAGUGCGUCCUGAACUGCAUGGAGAAGUACCUGAAGAUGAAUCAGAGGGUAUCACAACGUUUCCAAGAGUUUCAAAUGACUGCUAAUGAGAAUUUUCUGGCUGCCACGAGACAAGGUCAGGCGAAUUAGUUUCAAAGUAGAAUCAUAGACGAAAUGUGAUCUUGUCACUUUUAUUUGAAUCUUUUUGGUGUAAUCAUCAGAUUACAACCGCUGUAAGUUUCUUGAAUACCUCUGUUUGAUAGGCUGAUUCAUUCAACAUCUAAUAGAUACAUGUUCAAGAUAAAGUUUUUAUUUUGCAGUUAAGGAACAUUGACUGUAUAAUAAAUUGUACUCUAUAAUAUAUUGUAAUAUAUAAAACAUUAAACAUGUAAAGUAUGAAAGGGAUGGAGUUGUACAUGUUAAAUAUAUAAGUAAACUUGUUUGAUGUA